AUGCUCCUCCGCAUCCCCUACACAACCCCCCUCCCUUCCUUCCCCGCAAUCCCCUCGACAGCAACAACCCUCCAAACCGCCAUCACCGCCGUUUCAAACUUCCUCCUGAACACCCGAUCAACUCUCGUCCUAUCCGGAGCCGGAAUAUCCGUCGCAUCCGGUUUACCUGAUUACAGGGGGCCCCAGGGGACAUAUACUUUGAAUAAAGAGUAUAGACCUAUAUUCUAUGGAGAUUUUGUGCAUAAAGAUGCUAUGAGACGACGGUAUUGGGCUCGUAGCUUUUUGGGGUGGAAGGGGGUGGAGAGGGUUAGGCCGAAUAAGGCGCAUGUGACGGUUGGGAGGUUGUGGGAAGGGGGGUGGAUUGGGGGGGCUAUUACGCAGAAUGUAGACUCCCUCCACACGAUGUCCCACCCGGACAUGCCAAUAACAAACCUUCACGGUCUAUUAUCGACGGUAUUAUGUUUAACCUGCCGUACCCAUUCCGAAAGGCCUCCGUUUCAAAAGGAGUUACAUAGGUUAAACCCCACAUGGUCGGAGUUUUUGGAAAAAAUGCGUUCCACGCCGGAUAUGCCUAUAAAGAGGGGUCCGGACGGUGAUAUCGAAGUCCCCGGUGUUAAAUACGAAAGUUUCAGAUACCCGCCUUGUCAGACAUGUUUGAAGAACUCGACUUUUCACGGGAUGAUACGGAUUGAUGGUGAUGGUGCUAUGAAAAGGAUUGAAGGGGAUGGGAAUGUUCCGGGGAUAGUUAAGCCGACUUUGGUUUUCUUUGGGGAGAAUUUGAGGGAUGAGAUAAAGAAGGAGGCGGAAGGGAAAGUGGAUGCUGCGGAUUCGGUUUUGGUCAUCGGGAGCAGUUUGGCCACUUAUUCGGCUUGGAGGUUGGUUAAAAGGGCGAAAGAUCAGGGGAAGAAAGUCGCUAUAGUUAAUCUGGGAGGGGUAAGGGGUGAAGACGCCUUUUGGGAUGACGGUGAAGGGAAGGUAGCCGCAAAGUACAGGCUGGGAGAUGGCACGGAUGGUGUUAGGGUGGAGUUUGACGCUGGAGAUGUUUUGGAAGGAGCAUUAAACAUUCUCGAACGGAUCGACGGUAAAAGAGCGAAUCGAAAGGUGCCUCUUGAUAGUUUAGGAGCUAGUCGUCGGGAUAUUGAGCUUAGAGAAAUCGAAAUCGCAACCACGAAGUAG